CCGAGGCGCGCUGCCCGGCGCCGGAAGUGAGCGUUUCGGGGCGCCGCGGGGAGCGCCACGUCCGAGGCCGGGAGCGCCGCCGCCACCAUGGUGUCCGUGAUCAACACCGUGGACACGUCCCACGAGGACAUGAUCCAUGACGCCCAGAUGGAUUACUACGGCACCCGCCUGGCCACCUGCUCCUCCGACAGGUCCGUCAAGAUCUUCGACGUGCGCAACGGAGGGCAGAUCCUAGUCGCCGACCUCAGGGGGCACGAGGGGCCCGUGUGGCAGGUGGCCUGGGCCCACCCCAUGUACGGCAACAUCCUGGCGUCCUGCUCCUACGACCGCAAGGUCAUCAUCUGGAAGGAGGAGAAUGGCACCUGGGAGAAGAGCCACGAGCACCUGGGCCACGACUCGUCAGUGAACUCCGUGUGCUGGGCGCCCCACGACUACGGCCUGCUCCUGGCCUGCGGGAGCUCGGACGGGGCCAUCUCGCUGCUGACCUACAGCGGGGAGGGCCAGUGGGAAGUGAAGAAGAUCAGCAACGCGCACACGAUCGGCUGCAACGCUGUCAGCUGGGCCCCAGCUGUGGUCCCCGGGAGUCUCCUAGACCAGCCGUCGGGGCAGAAGCCCAACUACAUCAAGAAAUUCGCGUCGGGCGGCUGUGACAGCCUCAUCAAGCUGUGGAAGGAGGAGGAGGAUGGCCAGUGGAAGGAGGAGCAGAAGCUGGAGGCGCACAGCGACUGGGUCCGAGACGUGGCCUGGGCCCCCUCCAUCGGGCUGCCCACCAGCACCAUCGCCAGCUGCUCCCAGGAUGGCCGCGUCUUCAUCUGGACGUGUGACGACGCCACGGGCAGCACCUGGAGCCCCAAGCUGCUGCACAAGUUCAACGACGUGGUGUGGCACGUCAGCUGGUCCAUCACAGCCAACAUCCUGGCCGUCUCGGGCGGAGACAACAAGGUGACGCUGUGGAAGGAGUCCGUGGACGGGCAGUGGGUCUGCAUCAGCGACGUGCACAAGGGCCAGGCCGCAGCCUCAGCGCCUGAGAGCCAGAACGAACAGUGAGCGGCCCCGCGGCCUCGGGCAGGACUGGCACAGCCAGAUUCAGGCCACAGGCAGCCGGGUCCGAGGCGACGGCCAGAGAGAAUCUCACAUCUGCUUAUUUAAAGUAUUUUGACCAUUUUUUUGUACCUUUUGGGUUCAGCCAUUGUUUGGAAGGUUUCAGAGUCAUUAAUAAACUCGUGUUUCUUCAA